AAAAUACGGAGGAAUCGAGUCUAUGCUGUCCCUUCGAUACAAAAGCAACUGCAGUCGGUGACUGCUUUCAGUGGCACCCUCCUCCCCUGCGCGCUUGGCAAUCGAGGAAGGAGCGCGAGGAAGCCUCUGGCUGCGUGCCCUGUCUCCAGUGCUCAUGACUGCCCUGGGAAGUGCUGGCCGGCACCCCUCCCGUGUUGCACAGGACGACAGGGUUUGCCCGAGCCAGUGCCGUCGCCGUCGUCGUCGUCGCCGUCGCCGUAAGCAGAGGGCCCUACCGCGAUGGAUUGGUGGAGGGACAAUUUCUGGAUCAUCUUAGCUGUGGCCAUCGUCCUUGUCUCCACCAGCCUGGGCCUCAUCUUGUACUGUGCCUGUAGACAGCUGCUUAGACAGGGCAAGAAGUGGGAAAUAGCCAAGCCCUGGGAAGAAAAGCAAAGAGACGAAGAGACGAUGUAUGAGAAUGUUCUUAAUGAAUCGCCGGUUCAGUUACCCCCUCUGCCACCCAGGGGUUUGCUUUUUCCGGAACACACGCUCCCACAGGAAACCCCAAGUCCACCGCCGGCUACAUACUCACUGGUCAACAAAGUUAGAAGCAAGACAGAGUCCAUCCCGAGCUACAUCGAGCCCCUGGACGAUUACGAUGAUGUUGAAAUCCCUGCAAAUAUGGAAAAGCAGCGAUUCUGAGACAACCGUCCCUUCUUUUUCGGCAAGCUGAAGAGGGUUUGCACAGCUUUUGAAACCAACCGAGAGUGGAUGAAUUGCAAUAGAAAACAGAUCCCGAAAGCCUGCGGGAACGUGGCGGAGCUCCAUAAAAUAAACCCUUCCCGAAGCCUAGAGACAAGCAUCAGCAUCCAGAGGCCGCGCACCGAGGCUCCACCCUGGAGACCCAGAGGGGUCAGGCCUUGAACUCCUGUCCACGGGUCCCCCGGGAGGACCUCUGGGUCCCACGGCUCGCCGCCCCCACCCGUGAGAAACACUCUUCCUCCUCCUCUCCUCGUGUUUGUUCUGAGUGACGCCAAACCUUGGGGUCUGGCUGCCAAGACCCCAGGCUCCCAUCCCCCGCUGGGCCCCAGGGGUCCCCCCUCCCCCCCAGGGCUGUGGGCGGCCGUUCCAGCUGAGCGCUCCGUGUGUGCAAGGCACCGUAUCACACCUUGCAGGUUCUUCAAGAGUGAGUAACGCUUCUUGUUCUUGUGAACUGUCCCCACCUACACACACCCUAAACCCCAGAGCCUCUCCGUGACGUUGGCCGGAUGGACCACAGAGAUUCAAGUUCUCAUGGACUUUCUCCUUGUGCUUCCCGGUCGCAUUGUGACAAUCAGCAAGGACAGAGGUUACCUUCUGGACCAAAGCACACAUGUUCCACGUAGUAGUGUCAUGUUCCGACAUGUGUCCUGGGGGGGCUAUAGGAAAGGUAGGUUUCCCCAGGGAAACAUCAUGGGGAAGAGGAAAGAAAGGGACAAUUAAGUGCCCAGUUCAAGAGGAGAGUUCCUUGCGUCACAUUCGGUACAAACGGCACAGAGAUCGCUGUCCCCAAGCGCGUCGGGGAAGCAGAACUUCACAGCCACGGAGGAGAUGUGCGGAGGGGCCGCUGUCCUGCUACGGAAGUGCCCUCGACCUGCCGCCGGGAGUCAGCUUGGCUGUGAUCUGCUGAGUCCUCGGAUUGGCGCAUCGUAAGCGGACUCGAGAUGCUGAUUUCUAAGCAAUCCCUGCGAAACCCAGCAAGGGCAGGCUCGCAGGGAGAGGGCCACAAACCGCAAAAAGGCCGGGAGUGACCCUUGGCCUGAGCUCCUCCUCGAGAGCCAGACAGUGUGUCCCCGCUGUGUUCCAGCUUCCUCCCUCCACCACCGGGACCAGUGGGGACAGAGCUUCCUCCAGCCUCUGUCUUUCUAGAUUCCUGGCAGACCCCCGUGCUACCACGGCCAUACUGGAGGCCAGACAGUCCUCCAACUGUGGCCCGACGGAGCUCCGGAACCCCAGGAGCCAGAUAGGACUCGCUCCCCAAGUUAUAAGGAAAAAAAAUUAGUAAGCCGAAGGACAGAAGUGUUCGCACGUAUGCUUCCCUCUUAUGAUUGUCUGUAAACCAUCCUCAUCUAUGACAGACGUCAGAGGCAAAUACCAGAGCGGUGUUACCUCCGCCUUGGAUUUUGGGGAUGGCACCAUCUCCUUUCUCCUCCGGCCCACCCCUCCGCCCCCCGCAAGACGGCUCUUAAUCGCUGGUCUUCCUCGGGCUUCCCCACACCUGCGUUCAUCCUGCUGGAAACAGCUUCGAGGGACCCGCGGCUCCCUGCCCCUCUAUUCUCAUGGCUCAUGACGUCCCCACAGGACCCCCCAACAGGCCCCUCCAGCCCAACUUACCCCAAAAGGAACGAUGGCCCACCCCCAAUCCCAGAUCCCCUGUGCUCUGCCACCUUCUCAGUCCCUGGAGCCAGAAACUGGCCCAGUGCACGAGUCCUCCUUCCCGGCGCCCCCCCAUGACCGUGCCUCUCCAGCAGCCAGUCUCCUGCCACUAACAUCUCACUGUCCGCUCCCCUUUCUACGCGGCAGCAGGCGGUUUUCUUGAGGGGACAUCUGACCGCUCCAUUCUCUUGCUUAAACCUGUUCUUCACCCAUGAGCCUCAGAAAACCCCCGAACUCCUCAAUGUGGGUACGAGACUUGGCAGGAUCCGGUCCCAAGGUCUCUCCUGCAACCUUCUCCUCCCCACCCCCUUGCAACUUCCACUCCGACCAAAUUUUUGUUCCAGUCAUUUGAAAUGACCUGGCUUGGGGUCUCUCUUGCCCCUGUGACUAUGCACAGUAGCCUCCCGUCUGUCUAGAACAUUCUUCCCCACCUUCUCAUCCUCCCCAUCUCUGCUUAGAGCCGUUCCUCACCACCCCAGACUUGAAUCUGGUGCCCACUUACAUGAUCUCCUCCCAUAGCAUUAGCGCCCUGGGAUGACCUGUUUACCUGUCUUCCUCCCCCACUAGACUGACGGCAACAUGGCGACAGAGACAGUGUCUUCCCCCCAGUGUUUUCUCCGUUCCUAGCACAGCACCUGGGCACUUCAUGGAUACUGAAUAAACAUGGCAGAUGAAUGAUCAGUUGAAUGAAUAAAUGAAUGAAUGAACAAACUUGGCCUUAUAGAAAUACAUCUCUCUCUGCAUUAUAA